AUGGAUGCGAGAAGCUUCCAACACUCCAUAGGGUUCCAGAACACUAGGCUGUGUGAAGGUUGGGGAUCCUUGUGUGGGGUUGACUGUUCAGGAAGGUUUACCCCUCCAGGUGAGUUCACAGUGCAAGACGACCGUCAAAAGCUCGCGCCCGUCCUGGUGGGUGCGCUGACGCAGAAGCUCCUUUCAUUGCUCAGGUGCCAGGAUGUCGUCGGCUACCGGAUCUUCCUGAAUCAGCAGAAGUCCUACCUCAGAGGCUUGGAGGUGCAGGAACUCUGUGAGCUGGUGCCCGGCUUGGAGAACAGCGAUUACCACUGCUCCGUGACGACCUUCUUCCAUCAGAACGGAUUCACGCAUGUCCGCGAGACUGACCGGGGCGGCUGGUCCCCUCUGCAUUAUGCAGCCUUGCGUGGGGAUCCGGCUCUGCUUCGAGGGCUGUUGGGGCUUCGGGCCAACCCAAACCGGACGACAAGAAAGGAUCAGCCCCUCUUGGGAGCACCGGCCUACACUUCGCCGCUGGCCAUUUCUCUGUUCCAUCGGCACUUGGAGGCCUCGAAAGUGCUGAUCGAAGCUCGGGCUGCUCUUGCAGAUGGUUUUGUCAGCACACCCCUGGUCGCUGCAGCAGUCGCCAACAAUCCCGAAGGCAUCCGCCUUCUUUGCGACGCUGGAUGUCCUUUGCAGCAUCGCAACCUUGUCGGCCAUACCGCCUUUGAACAAGCUUGCUGCUACAACAAACUGGAGGCAGUGGAGGAGCUGUUGGCUCAGGCAGCACGGGCGGGCCAGACCUUGAAUGCAGCUGCUGCCACUCGUGGCUUGCAGCUUGCGAUGGCAGAUCGGGGAGGCAGUGUCGCGCUGGUUCAGAGACUCGUCGAGCUACGAGCUGAUGUGAAUGAUCAGAGCUUCGGCUGGUGGAAGGACUCCGUCAUCUUGGGGAUAUUCGGCACAGUGAAGACUUUGCAAUACAGGCUUGGAAGAGUCACGGCACUGUCAACUUUGGCAUAUCACGGUCCUGGUGCCACUCCGUUGAUCCUGGCCAUGCUGACCUGCCAGUACGAAGGUGCUGCAGCACUCGUUGCUUCAGGAGCACGGCUUGACCUGCGCAACGCGAGGGGAAUGGGGGCUGCAGACUUCGCCAGCAGGGACCUGCCUGAUUUCUUACGCGAGGCAUUUGAUGGGAUGCGAGGAGGCUGCGAACGUGUGGCUGCCGCCGCCUUCGGUGAAACCUUUGUCGCCGUGUAA